GAGAGAAAGCGCAGCACACUGUAGGCAUCCCUCCUCUCCUCGUUCCCCCCUUCAGGCAUUUCUCCAGGUAGCGUUCGCCAAAGUCGUCCUAUUAAUAAGCAACAUAUUUGAUUUUUCGGUACGAAACACGCCUUCUCAGGCCCACCCAAAAAGCCAGGAAAUGAGAGACGCAGAGUCAGGGCAGAAUAAUUCAGAAGAGUUCGGAGAGUGGGGGAGACGUGUCACGGCACCCCGGGGUGCACAACACGCUGGAGGUGAGAGAACGGAGCUGAGACGCUCAAGACACACCAGGUAAGCUAGGAGCUGCAAACGCCAGCUUCUUCAAUCAGAUCAUAUUUUUUCUCGUCAGAACAUGAAACCGAAAGAAGCUUGAUCUUUAACAACUUAAGACUCAAGAUUCAAGAUUUUUAAAACAAAUCUGAUAAAGCCUGGCCUAAGAUUGAACAAUCACAACUCGUCAAACAACGGGCGAUUUAAACCUCCUGUGAGGAACUUUGUUGACGUUGAUUUUGGCGCCCCCUGUGGACAUAGCGGUAACUGUUCUUCUAUUUUUAUCUCCAUCAAUAAUUUCCCCUUCCUCUAUGUUUACACAGAGUUGGACAAUGUGAAGAAAGCCUGAUUUGGUAAACACUAAAAAGAGGAUACGACUACAUGGGGACGGAGUUGGGCAUAGUUAAUUUUGAGAGUUUUUCGGGUCGGAUCAAGUGUUUUUCACGUGCUUCUAACGCAGUAAGUCAACGCUGCACAAACUCAAAAAAGAGGACAUGUCUGGGUAAAAGAGGACGUAUGGUCACCCUACUUAAUUCGUUUUAAAGUUACCUAUUGGACAGAGAAUAGAGCAGCUCAAUUUGUAGCCCAAUCAAAUGUGGUGUGUCACAGGGCUCUAUAGCAGGUCCUCUUUGAUUCCAUUUAUGGAAUAGCCUUGGAAAUAGCCUUAUAUGUGCUCAAAACCGGACUAUUAUUACUAAUAAUGAACUAAAGCAUGUCGUCUUUUUGAGGAAAUAUUUAAUGAAAAGCUGAGCUGGAAAAGCUCACAUGUUCAAUAAAUUAGUUCAAAAUGUUAGGAUUUUAUUUAGAGUUUGACAUCUCAUCACAGAAAAAUCUCGUUGACCUCUAUUAGUGCAUGAUCUAUCCCUUCACUCCUACAAUAAUAUGGUUAAUAUAGUAAUUUAAUCUCUUAAAAUAUACCCAAACUUGGAAACUUUUACCUCUCAGACAAACCUUGAGGAAACUUCAUUUGUGUUCAAUCAAAUUUUUGACAAAAUCAAAAGUGCACAGGGAACUUUUUAUCAUGUAAUAUUUGGUUAUCUGUUCAAAGUGGUGAUUUUCCUCCUCUUUUCGAAGUUUUCAUGUUUACCCACACACAUAUUAGAUGAGCCUAAUGAGGAUUACCUGUGAUCUUGCAGCACACCUGCACCUUGUCACCCAUCACUGCCCCUCCAGUAUAAAGGUGUGCUGCUCUCUCAGUGCUCUGUUUGACAAUCUAACCUGAGUUUUGCUCUUCAGCUCACUGCUGCACUCUCAGGCUUUCCUCUAUUUCGAAGUAUCACAGCAGACAUGGAAAAAAGUACAACUAUUAAGAGUUGCAUGAAAUAAAGUUUCUUGUGUUAAAGAAAUACAGACUCAACUUCUCGAGAGAGAAUGAAACUGCUCCUCCCCAAAACUAGAGGGCAAUGUGUGUCUUUUCAGCGCUGUCAACAACAACAGCAGGUCCAUGCCAAAUCUCAAAAGUGUCUACAACUGCUACUGGGCAUUUUCGAGAAAGAAGGUGGAGCAUCGUACAGCGUUGUUUUUGUCACACAUGAUGGACGCGCUACUUUUUGUGCAGAUGAAGUGCACACUACUCCUCUUCUCUGGUGAUUUUGUUAUGGGGUUAUGGGGGCGUGGCACAUGCGCACAUGCAUUGCCUGAUCAUACUCUGACUACGCUGGUUACAUGGUGGAGAAAUCGAAUUCCGGUCACAUUAUCUGGAUGUCUUAAUCAGAAUUCUCCGAGUACUCAAACUCCAAUGAUAGUCGGAUUAAGGUGUUUACAUGCACUUUAAUUGUCCGGUCUUAAUCAGAGUAAGGCAAUAAUUUGGUUUUCUCAAGUGUCAUGUAAACGUACUGACUGACUAUCACAAUCUUCAAUGAAAAUUAAGAAAAUAACAGUAACAGUCAAUUUAAGAAGAGACAAGACACAUCACUCCGUCCUUCUCAGUCUUUAUCCUAAGUCAUCUGCAUCACAAUCCCCACACAGAAAUAGACAGAACCACUCACACCCUCCACGAUGCAUCGUGCACUUUUGGACCUCAAACCCAAACUUUUUAUUUUCUGUAUCUUAGUUUUCCUGAUAUCAGAGGAGUUGUCAGAGAAGUUUACGUCUCACACCAACACGACGACUGUGAAACUCUUCUGCGAGUGUGAAGGAAGUGUGGAUCCCGACACAAGCUCGGCUCUCAAAGUUCAGACACAACAAUGACACAAACGGGAGCCUGCUGCUUGGCCCAUCGCUGCCCCGUGUCAGGGAUCGGUGAGCAGCGGUGACUGUGUCCUGUGCUGAUUACUUCGCUGAUGGGCCUCCGUUUGUCACUGCUCCUGCUAGCUCCAGAGCCGAGCAGCAGGGUUCCCUGAUUACUUAAUUGCUUGUAAGAGCUCAUUAAAGCUUCCUAUCCAUCAUAAGUCGUAUGGCGAGUAUCAAUUUCAGAGUGAGAGAUGGAGAGAGACAGAGAGGCAGAGACGUGAAGAACUCUGAUGAGCAAUUAGUGACGUGAAACGCCUUUGAAUUGUUGUAGUUUCGUUUUUCUUUGGGAAAUAUGUGGAAUUCAUCACAUGGAUGGAUGCUGCUGUGUUACCAAGUGAUAAACACAUCAUUAAUUUGUCUCUUACACCUCCUUAAAAGUUUUACAGCGAGGAAAAGAAAACUAGCUCUUGUUUUUAGACAAUAAAGGGAGAAAGUUUUGCAAGAAAACCCAAGACUUCUUUGUUCAGAUGUGGACAGAAGCCUCUUCUACUGAUUUAUUCUUGAAUUCAGAUCGUAUUUUUGCCUCGAGAGAAGAGAAAUCUCAACUCUUAACCCCCCGUCACUCAUUCAAACUGAAUUCUCUAUUCGUGAGACCUUUGAGAGCUUAAAUGGUCAUUUUCAGGCUUUCCACGAAUGUUGCUCUCGAUGGGUUGUGGACUUUUGCCAUCUUUUUUUUUUUUCCUCCCCUUCGUGAUCCCAAAAUGGAGUGGAGGAAAACAUCCAGUAAUUUGGACCCAUAGCGCAGAAGAGCUUUACAAGAUACUCACAAUCUUACCAGGUGCAAAAUUAGAAUUGGAUGCUGUUCGUAUUAAUUGGUGAUCAUUUGCAAAGCGGGUGGAAAAAACGUCUUUUGCCAAGAGCAAGUCUUACAAGCCCCCAGCUGGGGUUGUCAGGGGCAGGCUUGUUGGCAUUGUGGCAGCAUAUGUUUGGUGCCAAGAACACCAUUGAUUUGCAUUUCUUUUAUAUGAAUUUUACAAAGCAGAAAUGCUCUUUUGUGUAGAAGUGAUCCCAAAAGUGAGUGUUGCAAUUAAUCACAAGUGAAAUUUAUCGGCUGAUGAAAAGCCAUAAUUCUGCUUGCAAUCUUUUUUUUUUUUCUCGUUUUUUUUUUUUUCCCCUUUUUUUUUUUGAGAAAAAAGUGGCAGCAUCUGCAGUGCGCUCGCACUCGCUUUUUGAUGAAUGUGCCUUUAAAGCUGUGCAGUUUGGCUCCAUUUAAAAACUGGCUUGAAGGAAGAAAAACAGCAGUGCGAUCUUUCAGAUACUGCAAAUGCCAUAAGUCAUGAAAAUAGUUCUUCUGUCUCCAAAACAAGCACUGCAUAAUGUCGGCGGAGUGACGCGAACACGGAAAAGUGCUCGCAUGAUUGAAGUGGGAUUGUGACACGAGCUAAUGGAUGUUAAGUAAGAUUUCAAACUUGUCUUGAGUUGUUUUAAUAUCAUCUAAUACCUCUCAGAAAUCCCCAAAACCUGCGCACAACAACCGCACAAUCAUCUUAAAUAUUGAUUCAUAAUUAUUUGAUGCACCUACCACACGCUAUCAAGACCUAUUGGGACAUCUAAUUGAUCCAAUUAAGCAAUUAAAUCUUUGGUAGGAUUAGAGACGAUCAGUCUCGUAUGUGUAGAGACGAGACCGGCCCUGCCAAGGGAUGGACAGGCUCCAGGUUUUCGCUUCAUCUCCAAGAUGGCUCCAGAUGGGUUGGGGGCUUGAGACUCAUCGGUGGCCAACUGGUCCAAAACCUCACACUGAGACUCGCCUACAGUAUCACAGAGCCGCAGUCCCUCAACAACGCUCUGCUACAUUUUCCCUGCUUCUUCUUGUCACUAUUGGCAUAUGAUUAUUAAAUGAUUCAUUCCCCUCUCCUGUGCUUUAAAGGUACCCUAUGGAGUUUUCAUGUAAACAAGCAGUCAGCGUUUCGCACCAAAACAUACUGUGUCCUCGAGGCCUAACAAACACUAUAAAUAUAUUCCCACAUAAGAGGCGUGCAAAAAUACAUAAAAACAGAUUAAAUAAACAGACUGUGCAUGUAUAUUUUAGAGCAGUCUACUUUUGCACUAGAAGAAUCUAGUUUUUGUUUAUUUGUUAUUAACCCACAUAAGGUGACAAAUAUCACCUGCUUUGGGUGAUAUGAAUGUCAGACACAUGUAGGAUAACAAAGGUGAAGGUUCUUUAAAGUAUUUCCAAAACAAAGGUCAAAAAGUAAACUGUGUGAAGUAUUUAGAAGGAUUAGACUUUGUAGAAACGGAUUACAAAUAAAAAUGUUUAAAGCUGCUAUGAGGAGUUUUUUUAACCCUAACUUCAUGAAACACACUGAUAUUUAUAAUGCAGACUGUUUAUGAUGUAGAACAGCAAACUGGAUCAUCAGUGACGAGAUUUAUGAUUUUUAUAUCCUGAUUUUUUUUUAUGUUCCUGGUAUCAGGGGGUCGGUGUCAGCUGAGAGGAACAGCCCAGUCUGUACGAUUUAUGCAUAACUUGACUGUCAUCAGGAUGAGAUUGUUUUUAGAAGACAGAGAAUAAAAAGAGCAAAGACUGCUUUGGCCACAGGGGGCGCCAGAACUAAUACACACUGAAAAUUCCUUACAGGUGCUUUAAAUCAGUGGUUUUGAUAACCCUGAGGAACUCUUUCAUAACUACUGGAGGCCGCCUUCUUGUACAGCCAUGUUUCAGAACAAAGUAGUAAAAAGAUCCGGUCAGUAAAAAGAGUAUUAUGUAGCAGGAGGAAAGAUGUAAGCGGGAUUUGUUCAAGCGUCAUAUUGAGAAAAAGAGAAUCUUAUUUUAAUGAGAAAUUUGAAUAAAUCAGUUUCUUUGGAUGAAUUCAGAUCUGUGUAAUUUAAUAACAGAUGCUCUCAUAAGCUGAAAAUGCAUCAUCAAAUCCACCUUCCCAAGAUUUUUAGAAGCAAAUUCCUAAACUACUUUGAUUAAAAUAGGAGUGUUAAAAACUUAAAAAGUAUCCCGUCAUAGCGGAGACAGAAAGUGCGAUUAAUUUGCGAUUAAUCAUGAGUGAAGUACGGAUGAUUGUGCGAUUAAUUGACUUAAAAUUAAUCCUUUGAAAACAGUUUUGUGGCAUAAAAAUAAUUUCUGGUACGGGAUAAACGACACAUCAAUUUAUUCCUAUACAUUCCUCUUUUUUUUUUUUUUAAAUUUGUGGAGUAUUUCUGUUUAUGUCUGAUUUUAAGAUUAUGACUAAAGAUCACCAAAUGAGACGGUAUACUGUGAGAAUGAAUGAUAAAUCAGUGACAGCAGAUCCGUCAAAUAGAUUUAGGUGAUUAGUAAAGUGUUCGAUAGUGUCAGUCCAACAAAGUUUCGCAGCCUCUGAGCUCACUUUGUGUCCUCGUGGAGAUCCCCCUGUGAUCAAUAAUAAAGAGGGGAAGGACAGAGCUCCACCAAGGGCUCCUCAGAUACAACUGUACCCCUCCUCCCCCACUGGAGCGACUCUGAAAGCCUUGAGUUAUAUUCCUGUAAUUAACUAAGUAUCCACACCGGCUCCCUCACACACACACACACACACUGAGACUCUGUCAGCUCCGUACGCUCAUCCCUGUAGAUAGAAGAUGCAAUCAGAAAAACAGCGACGAGGGAGGCGAAGAAGAAACAACGCAUCAAAAAACAAACUUUGAACAAUGACCCCGCUUCUCCCGAGCAACUUUUUUCCCCUUACACCGAGCAUUUUUUCUUCUGUCACGAGUAUAAGGGGCAAGAGCGAUGCAUCCCUUUUUCCCUCUUCCAAGGAUAAUGAUUUACAAAAUGCCUCUCAUCAAAGAAUUCAUUAACAACUAACGUUAAUUAAAAAAUAAAUGAGUAAACAUCAAUAUCAAAUCUCAGCACUGUGGAAGGGAAUACAUUAUGCAGAGUAAUGAUGUUUGAAAGGGGCUUUAGCACCUCUGUGGGACUCUUUUAAACCCCUUACCUCUUAGGCAGUUGCUUAUUUUGCAACCCUUUGUUGUUUAACAACAAAGAGAAUGGGCUCUCAUAAUGUUAUAUUAAUCAGCGGAUUAAUAUUUCAAUUUGAUUUGCUUUAUAGUUGAGGUGCUGUUGGCAUUUCCAUUUUCCCUCCAUAUGUGCAGCGAUGUUAAGUGGUAUCAUUACCAUUUUCUACCUGGGGGUUCGGGGAGAUAACAGGCACCAGUGAUAGCUCUAUUCUGCACAGGGAGAGGGAGGUUUUUGGGGGGCGCUCAUGCAUUUUUAAAAAGCCGUGUUUGGUGUGCCUUCACAUCCAUUAUUCUCCAAUGUUGCCUGCAAACAGCUGAGUCACAGCCUUUCUGCCCGCCACAGGACAGCAUGAGAGAAAAACACCCUCAAAUUCAGAAUCCGAGUGUCCCGUGUGAAGGUGUCUGCUGAUAUUCAGUCACAGAGGAUUUAUUUACUCUGAAUUUAGUUUGACAACUUUCACGUCCACAGAGAGAGAGUCAAAUAUUAUGUGUGUGUUAUUGAAGAGGACACGGAAAAGCCACAAACUUUUAAGGCCUUGAGUGUCUUUUCUGAACUCCUGGAUGGUUACUCUGUUUUUGGAUCCAGGUGUAGUGAAACAUAUGGCGAAAAACCUGCUCUGUCCGUCUGAAUUAAGGAGAUAAUACCUCAGAAUUACAAAACAAUCCCAGCACUCUUACAAUGAAAACAAUGUUUGCAUCCUUUAGGCUGUUUUGGGGGGAUUUAGACGCAUCAAUAUCUGGCUAAUACAGGGGGAAAAAAGGGGGAAAUCAAUGCAGUAUGUGUCACACUUGGAGGUGAGGGUAAUGCUAUGUUAGAUAUUAAAUUACCACACAAUAUUGAAGUCCUCUGCAAAGUGAACCUCUGGAUCAAAUUAAAGGCACUAUAAGGAAUUUUUAACCAUCUGCAAAACCGACUGAAACUGAUACAGAUAAUGAUGAUAACCGAUAAUGACCUUUUAAAAUCAGACAAAGCCAUCGGAAACAAGAACGAUCAUUUCUUUGUUGUAUCUGAAUGCUUGAAACUGGUGUUAGGGGGCUGGUUUCAGACUAGAUGAUUGACAGCUGGCUUGAUUAACAGCCUUUUUACAUUAUUUAAUGGCUGAUAAGAAAUAAAAAGUAAUACAUUUUACUAUUUAAAGACAACAGGAUGAAGUUUUUGUUAGCAAACACUUUUUUUCACAUGUACAGGACAAGAAAUUAUAGGUAUCACUUUGUCCACAAGGUGGUGCCAAAAUCAACACAAAUCAAAAGUUCCUUACUGCAUCUUUAAACUUUUAAAAGCUUUGAAAAAAGAAGAAUUGAGCUCACAUUCAUAAGUUUUUAGAUGCAAGUGUACUUUUUAGAUCAUACAGGAACUAUAAGAAAGAUGGCCAGUUUAUAUAAAUAAAAAAGAAAUACAGUCACUCUAAGGCGUUUCCUUUCCAAACAUAACAGUUUAACAUAUGUAAAUAUUUGACUUCAUUAUAAAUAGCACAAAUCAAGUGAGUAAAAACAGCCUCAAAAGUGCACAAAAAGUUCAGUUUUAAUAUUAUUCCAUGAGCUUUAGAAAUAGGAGUGUAACAGACUCAUAAUCUGAGGCUGUGUUUUGAUUUUUGGUCUUUUAAGGCAAUAGUAAUUAAAAAUAAUUGGCCCUAACGAAUAUAACAACCUUAGGAUGAACUUUUGCAAAAAUCCAAACCAGUAUGAGUUCAUCGUGAGAACCGUGGAAAAAAAAGGUGCAGAUUGUAUAAGCAGUGUCACUCGAUUGAAACUGAAAACAACACAAACAGUGUAACCUCACAAAAGUUGGCCCUCAUACUCCAAACAAUCAAUAAAGGUCGUCCCUCUGCUGCUAAACAUAACGUUGUACGAUCAGUGUCAACUUUGCUCUCAGUCUCCGGUUAAUCACAUCCUAUCAGCAGAACACGACUUAAGGAAAACAGACAAGCAAUUAGGACAUGGAUUAUUUGUCAUAAACACCAUUCACUGCCAUGCAAAUGCAACAUAAUUGCCCAGCAGACCUUGAGUGACAAGUCAUUAGAUGAUUGUUCACAACGGUUGAUUACGAUAUGACAGGCGUGUCUCGCUCGGUACUUAAGUGAAGUGUUGACAUCUUAAGAGGCCUCUGCUCAUCACUCCAGAACCAUCAAUAAGUAGUAAGGUUAAUACUCGCACAAAUACCUUCAAUACUCUGACAUCUGUAGAGGAGGACUUUUAGGUCAGGUUCGACACAGUUACUCAUUCACCUCAUCUUUGAUAUUUACACUAUGAACAAAUAAAGCGUGUUAAGUUGCCUUACUUGUUGGGAUGGUGCUGUAGUAGAGGAUUCUGGGGACUUGCUCAGGCCAAAGAAAGUGAAAAAUUGCAAACUUAUAAUUCCUCUUACUCUCUGUGCUCUAAAACUUAUAAGUACUGUUUUAAAAUCUUGACAGGUUAAAAGCACUUAUGAUUUAGGACUAUUUAUCUAAAAGAUGUCGGCGUGUCUAAGUAGGUCAGGCCAGAUCUGAAUUUUUAUCAAUGAAGGCGUGCCACAAGGACCACUUCUCGGCCCCACGUUCUUCAUUAUCUACAUUAACUACAUCACUUCUUCUUUAAAUUGUUGUUAAGCUCACUUUUAUGCAGACAACACUAUCUUGUAUCGUAGAGCUGAUUCUGAGCAGGAACCCAUUAAGAGCUUGCAGUUUUCUUUCAAUCCUUUUCAAGAAUCUUUUCAACCUCAGACUGCUUUGAAAUGAAGUUUUAAAAACUCAAUAUUUGGGUCACAAUCGUAACUUUCUUGUUUAGUUAUUAGUGUUUUAAAGGCCAAUGAAUGUGAAAUGUGCAAACUUAUCAUUCCUGUCUUUGUUCCAGUUACUCUCUGUGCCCUAAAACUUAUGAGUAGUGUUUUAAAAUCUUAACAGGUCUAAGAGGAAUUAUGAUUUUUUCGUAAAGGAUUACUUGGUUAAGGCUAUUUAUCUAAAAGAUGUUGGCAUGUCCAAGUAGGUCAGGCCAGAUUAGAAUUUUUAUCAAUGAAGGCGUGCCACAAGGACCACUUCUAGGCCCCCUGAUCUUCAUUAUCUACAUCAACUACAUCAUUUCUUCUUUAAAAUGGUGUUAUGCUCACUUUUUCUGCAGACGACACAAUUUGGUAUUGUAGAACUGAUUCUGAGCAGGAAUCCAUCAAGAACUUGCAGCUUCCUUUCAAUCCAUUUCAAGAAGCUCUUUGCUGCUUUGAAUUUACAUUUUUAAAACUCGAUAUUUGGCUCAUAAUCGUAAGUUUUCUUGUUUCAUUUUUACCUUUGAUUAACCGACAUUUUUUGUCCAUACCAUUGUCGCUGAAAGCUCGGCAUAGUUCAAGAGGAAAACGAUAAAUCAGUUUUAUUUCAAGUAUCUAUUCAUAUCAUGCCCUACAGUCAUUUCUUCCACAUACCUCAGUGACCUCUAUUCUCUCAUCAGUGCAUUUGUGUGUGUCUGCACGUUUUCACGCCUGUUUACAUGUAUGUGUGUGUGUGUGUGUAUGAGCACGUGCGUCGCUGCCCUUCAUAAUCAGGGGUCUCAAAGAGCCUCCACUCUGUCAGUGAAUUGCACACAGCUGUGGGCCCCUUGUCGCGCUGGCAGCCUCGGCCCUGUCAUCGUGCGUCCGCCUAUCUGACCUGCUAAUUUGGAGCAUAUGUAAGUGCUCUUAAAGUGGCGGGCCUUUUGACAUGCCACAAACAGCAGCUGUGGCAGCUGCCCCGAAGGAAAGCUUUAUUUAAUUCAAUUACAUCUUUUGGAGAUAUGUAAACGAGGAGCUGAGGAGCUGAGGGAGAGGAGGAGGGGAGAGGACAGGAGGGUGGUCUGUCCUCACCUCCUCUUGUUGAUACCUUUCCUCUUAAAAUCCUCUAGCUCUCCUUUUCUUCCCCCCAAAAAGACCCUCAGUUCUGCCUCCUCGACGUCGCCUCCUUUGCAACUUCAAACCCCAAAGUGGCGAAGCCCAGGUGGCUCGAUAGGCAAAUGAUUGGGUGAGUAACUGUUGCAAACCCCCCCCUACCUCCCCUCCUCUCCCUCCUUUACCCCCCCUGCUGCUCCCUGUCUCUCCAGCGGGGGGAGUCUGAGGGGGGAUAAUCAGGGUCAGGAUCCUCUGCCACACUGAUCAGUACGUCUCAACCCCCGGGCAGCCCUGCAAUUAAUGCGCCGUUGAAAGGGAGCGAAAAUAUUCACCAUCUGGCAAUUAGGGCUCAUAGGCUCCCUCUUUCUGUGUCUCCUCCUCUUCUCUCCCUCUCUGGGCUUUAAAUGCAAUUGUGAUCUUAUUCUUGUUCCAGCUCCAGCGCCUCGCACUGGCCCAAGGCCCAUUUGCCGCUCCGAGAGCCUAUGCAGGAAUGAGCGAGCGCAGGAUCGCAAUCCAGGGCAAUUCAGAAACCCCUCUCAGUCCCAAAAUGGAGACAUAAUAACGACUCUUCUUGUCAUUUUUCUCCCCCUCUCUUUGCGGAGGAUUCAUCCCAUCUCUUGCUCUUCCAGCCCCAGCUGCUUCUGGCCUGAAAAGGGGCUCUGAAGAGACUGGUGUCAUCAUGAUCAAAUUAACUCUUUCUCUCUGGAUGGGAGCAAAGGUUGUCAAUGGUUCUGUCGUCUGUAGUCAGUUUUUUUUAAACACAUCAAUGAUGUUAUGAUUAGUCAUUUUGCAGCCGACAAUGGCCGCCAAAUGUGUGUGAAUGCCCUUUCCAGUCAAAGAGGAGCGGAGAGCUGUUGAAAGACAUUGAUUCAGAGAGAAGUCAGACAUCUUUCCCUUUUUUUCCUCCCUCCCUCUCCUCCUCUUCUCCACACACUCAUUGUGAAAUUCAAAUCUGGGGAUGACAAAUAGAGUGAUUACAUCUACCAUUGAUGUGGCUAGUUUUGAGUUGCAAAUGUGCAACCUCGACAUUUGGCUAGUGCGAAUCAAGGUCUCGGAGACAAUGGCGAGGCAAAUUUGAGGAAGUAGUAGGUCGCAAAUACCACACACAGAGCGCCGUGAAUACCAAAACACGGGCGCUCAGGGUUUCCCUUUAAUCAGGAGCAGAUUUUUGUAACAUGAAUUCAUGAGGAUGUUCAAAAAAAAAAACUUUUUCCUCUUCGUGUAAGGUCAGCGACUUUCCUCGAUCCGCUGACCUCGAUCCCUCGCCUUUUUUAAUUGAUACCGCCAUCCCGACAGCGAGCGGCCGCCAUCGUGCUUUCCUGUAAAGCGAUAAUUACACAUAUUGAAUUAUUAAGAGUCAUUAUCAAAGCUUGUGCUUAACUUGUUUUGUUGUAGUGUAAGGUUCCUGUGAUCUCGGGCAGUCAUUACUUAUUAACAGGCUGGAUACUUUCCCCCAGUUGCCGCGUGUCGACGCGUGGCGUUAAUGACGCGCUCAUCCUGUUUCCCCCCCUGUUUGAGCUACAACCUACAACAGAGACAAUAUUGGGGUUAUGCUGGUGGAAAACAAAGGGUUGCAAAAAUUACUAUUUAUUGGCUCAGAUGAAAUCAUUAACAUAAAGAGAGAUUAAUUAAACCAGUGUUUAGAAGAAGCUGUUUACAUAGCAGAGGAGCGGUUUUUGUGGGUCUGACGCACUUUAAACGGAGUUAAAUGGCUUUUCUUCAGGGAGAUACCCGAGUAUCACAACCCAAUCAAUCAAUCAAUACAUGUAUCCAUUUGAAAGGUCAAUUUGAAUGUAUCUGUAUCUUUUUAGAUGAGUUGUUCUCAUAUAAAGCCGUGAUAGAUAUGUGUUUGCCAAGAUUAUACUUAUGUUUAAUUUCUAGUGGGUGCACAAACAGAUUAUAGAGACAGAGCCGGCCUGAGCCUCAAUGGAGCCCUAAGCAAAAUUUGAUUUUGGGGCCCUCUAUUUCUGCCAAUGAUAUUGAUUGUUGAUCAUUCACACACCUUCACAAAUCUCUCAUGCAAACAUACCUUUAUGUUGGAGUUUUUUCUCUUCUUCCUCUUUCUUUUCUCUGCUCCUGAAGGAUACGUCCUUUUUUGCGACAUUGUUCUGCCCCACAACUACCUGCGCUUUGGAUGCUCAGUGCACGUUGUACAGCAGGAGGCACAUAAUGUUAUUGGAGCUUUGAAAUAUUGGCAGUAAGAAUCAUAGGCCUCCAUCAGCAGCAGCACUGAAAUGUUUUUACUUUAUUUUAUUUCAUUUUUACAAUAAUAUAUAUUUGAUCAUACAGAAAGCAUCACUCAUACAUGCAAAAAAUAACAACUAUUCAUUUUUUUCUUUCUGGAUUGCUCUUGGGGGCCCCCUGUUGGCCCCGGGGCCCUAAGCAGGCGCUAAGUUCGCUUAUGCCUUGGGCCGAUUCUGUAUAGAGAUGAACAUGUUUUAUACAGGUUAGAUAAUCUUGUUGUGGGUUUAAAAAAGACACUGGUUGCGACCAAAAGUGAAGCUGGAUAAACAAUGAAAUGGCUAAAAAAUAGUUAAAUGAUAAAAUUAGAUCUUAAACAGUUGAAGAAGUGAAAAGAAACUUAAAUGACAGUUAUGAAAAAGACAUCUCAGUGAAUUUCAGCCUGUUUCAUAAGUGUGAAAAAAACUCUCUAGAGGAGCUUUAAGUGCUGAGAGUAAAAGCACAAGUAGCCCACUGAGGGAUAUUUUACCUUCAUGGUCGACACUUGUUUGCAUGUUAGAUGAACAAUCUUGACUCUAAUGUGAAACUGCAUUAUAGAAAUUAGGGGUGUCCCGAUACAACUUUUUUACUUCCGAUACGAUACCGAUAUUGUAGCUGUCAGUAUUGGCCAAUAACGAUAUAAUUCUGUGUCUUGUGCAUGACAAGUUUGGCACUCAGCUUCAAUGUCUUUUUCGGACUUAAACAAAAAAUACCUCCACAUGACCGACAUCACUCCUACUCCUUGGUACUUUGUUAGUACCUUAGUACACACUGUUGUUGUGAUCAUGUGGGCUCAGCUUGCUGGAUCCGGGCGCUUCUAGAUAGAGGUGCUGGAGUGGAGUCUGGAAUGGACUGCUUGUAUCGGAGUGCUGAUAUCGGAGGUUUUAGAUGCAGGCCGAUACAAUUCGAUAUUCGGUUUUUUGCUGAUAUCGGACUGAUAUCAAUAUCUUAUUGGGACAUCCCUAAUAGAAAUCUAAUAUUUGUAUGUGAUUUAGCUUGCUGCAUCCUCUCCCUCUUCUUCUUCUACUCUUAUAAGGAUGGCAUCGUGUUUGUUGUUUCACUGCCACUCAUAGUUUUGUCCAAACUAACCCUUAUUUAAAAAAAGGGAGAAAAACUGGAAAUUAAGCAUCAGUAGACCAAUAAGUUUGUUCCAGCUUUUGAGGAAUUCUGCUGAAAAUGUAUAAAGUAAAAGUGCACUUUAUUUGAAGAAACUUUUACCUCAGAUUGUUAUAAAAGCUGACCUUUGACCAUUGACCAUGUUGCUUUUAGGAAGCUCUUUUGUGCUUUGUUACAGCUCUACACACACCAGAACGUCCAGCUCCAUGAAUCACAUUUCACAUCAGAUUCACAGAAACAUUUGUCAUGUCAUCAACUUUCCUCCAGACUCAUUUUUCGGAGGCAUGUCAGCGCAGAAAACUCUGACCACAUACUUACACGCUGUGCUUAUUUGGUCCACUCUCACUGUCGCGAAGGGUGAAAACAGACUUGUAAAAGUCCAAAAUACACCUUCAUAAACAACCACUGUAAUUUGAUGACACAUUAACCUCCCCUCAAAACCUGUAGGUGAUGAUUCAUGUCAAAUUAAAAACAUGUUAAAUGGACGAAAACAAAUGACCACAAAACAGGCCGUGAAGCUUUGCCUAAAUUAAGGCUCUCAGGUGAACGUUUGUGGACAGGUAGGCCUGAAAUACCCCCGAGUGACCUUCAAAUCUAACCACCUGUGUCUAAAUCCAGCUCCAUUUGAGUGGAGUCAGAGUAUGGAAAUAGAAAGACAAACACUGAGGCCAGAAACCAUGACGGACAACUGUGACCCGUCUGCCUUUUUCUGACCCCUCCUGGAAAUAACCCAGGAGCCUGGAAAAAAACACGUCUUACAUGUCAAAACAACGCAUCAAGUCUGAGAGGCGGACUGUGGCGGAGGACGAGGGGCUUUCAUAAGCACUUAAACAAAUCGCAGACCGGUCGACCACACACGCCGAAGGCAGGGAGGGACGCCGCAGCACUUGAGCACAGGGCUUUUUUGCACAUGCAAAUGUGGCGCUGGUGUGAGAGGCACGCCAAGCUGCAGCCAGACAGACAGAGAGAGAGAGAAAGAGAGAGAGAGGGAGACAGGAUGAGCCCUCACCUGCAGGACCUCCACCCAAACAAACCACAACCAGCACACUUCCACUUCUUUUAUUCUCCUUUCCGCUCUUUUGUUAAACUGUAUUUGGUUAACAGCUUUAGGGCGGGUCAGUUUCACCAACAAUCCCACGACAGGGAGCAUCAGAAUUUACAGUGCCGCAAUAGGAUCUUAUAUUUAGGGUUUCGUAAUUGAACCCUCAAACCUGUGUGCAGAUAAUUAUGACGUGUUUAUAACACCAGGUCCAAAAACAGAACAGUAUAGACUUACUGUAAAAUCCACUUGGUUUGGGAGACCAGCAGCUUUUGGGGGUUGAACUCUGUGUGUUUUUCUAUCUUAUACAGAUCAGUUUAUUUAACCAUGUCUGUUUUAUUAUCAUUUUAAAUUGAAUUUCUUGGUUUAAAAGGAUUUGGUCUUGAAAGAGAGGGACUGUCAUACAGUCAGGAUGCUCUUAUAUUCAGGUCAUUACGGUAUUUGUGUUCCCUUACCUGUUGAUAUUAUGACCUGUUAUCAUUGGGUGGUAUGCUGUAAUACACUCGAGCAAUAUUUUUGUUAAGAUGUUUUUAAAAUAAAUGUAAAAUGGAGAUAUAAUGAAAAAAGUUGAGAGAUUUUUCAAUAUUCAUAGAAACAUGAUUUAUUUUUGAACAUCCAAUCAUCUCAUCUUGUGUGACAUGUACAGAUUUAAGUAAACUGAAGGUUUCUGCACAUACAUGAUGCAGACUGUCUGAGCCUCUGCUUUGGAUAUUCAACACUAUUUAUUUAUACUCUGUUAUCAAUGAGUUUAAAUGACAUGAUUAAUGCAAAACAAACUGAUGCAUCGCAGAAUAAAACGUUACUCACCACUUAAGGAGUUUCCGAUGAGAUACUUUUUUAAACGUCUGCUGAGGUAAUUUGGGGAAAGCAUCAAAACGUUUACUUGUGUAGUAUUUCUGUUUAUUCCACCUGCUGCUGGCAUCAUCAUAUUUUCUUUUUAUUGUGGCUGAAUCUCAGGUGAGAAGCGUAGUCUAAGCCUGAGUUAUGUAUCCUGAUUUUGGAAACUAAAGUUUUCAAGUUAGAUAAAUUUGUGAACUGCAGUGAUUCGACCUUUCAUCUUCUUGACCCUGUGUUGUUUUUGUAUCUGUUUCUGGUGCUUUUCUUACGUUGAGGUCUUCGUUACUUGUUGCCGAAUGUUUCUUAAGUUAUCGAAGCGCAUUAAAUCUGUCACAGCUGAAAAUAUGUGACUUUCUGUACUUUUAAUUUUGAGUAUAAAUGAUUGAUAUCCAGGAUGUUUUCAUAGAGGGUAAAAUCUUAAAAUUGGGUCUCCAUCUUUGUCAUUUUUUCCUGUUGUGAUCGUUUGUUGUAUUUUAUAACACUUGUUGUCACUCACGUAAUCAUUUGUGCAACCACUUUCCCUUCUUCUUGUGUUUUUUUCUCUCAGAUCUCUUUUUUUGUGUCCUGUCUUUUCCUUUCCCUCCAUUUUUCCUCCACUCUCACCUUCCCACUCCCUCUCCUGUUCACCGAUCUACCAUUUCGUUCCCUCUCCCCUCGCUCCUCUCCUCUCUGCGUUGAACAAAUGGGUAAUAAGCGCCACUUUGUACCUCUCUCCUCUUUCAGAUCCAGAGUGAAGAGUCUGAUUAAAUAAUCAUUGGAGGAGCGGUGUGCGUGCGGCUUUCCCCCUGCUCCUCACCUUGGGGACAUAUUGUCCCCUGUCACUGAAACCUCGGGGACAGAAGGCUCCGCCGUGGGGAGGCUCAGCGGGGGAGCAAGGGGCUGAUGAAACGAAGAUCGGGUAAUGAAGGCAUGGCCCAUGGCUUCCGCGGCUCCACCAUAUGUUUCACCAAAUGCAAAUUGCCCCCAAUUCAAACAACUUUUUCAUCUUGAUAUAUGCAAAUGUGUUUAUAAAUACUGGCUUAUAAAUAUAGCAUUACAGUUUUUAAGGAGGGAGCUUUGAAUCAUUUCUCCCUCGCGCUGCUGUCGCUUCGUGCCGCAGCGACGCAGCGUGACAGGCUUUAACGAACAGGCUCGGACCUGGCGGUGCAUAAUGGCGUCCUGGGGGACAGGAAGUGAGGGGGUCAACGGGAGGGGAGCGCCAAGUGGCCUGAGAUCCAAUGAGAGUGGCCCUGAUGAGUGCUUUAUCCAAUUAAAACAAGGCCAGUUAUCACAGGGGCCAAUGACAAAUCAAAGAGAGCACGUUUACAAAUGAGUGCAAGAGGUCAGGUGGCCACACGUGUGAACUUUUGACAUUUGGACUUCAGAGCGCGCUAUUAAAAUAAACGACAAGUGUCUUAAAUUAGCCAAUAACUGGAAAUAAAUAACCUAUGAAAAUAAAACGGAUUAACAAAUAAAAAGUUUAUUGUGUUUACAUGAGAGCAGAUCCUGUGGGGCCUGGGAUAGGAGUGUGUGUGUGUGUGUGUGUGUGUGUGUGUGUGUGUGUGUGUGUGUGUGUGUGUGUGUGUGUGCAUGUGUGUGUGUGUGUGUGUGUGUGUGUCAUGCUCAGAGCAAUGAACCCAAAACAUCAACAUCAAAGAGGCGAAAUGUUAAAUAAUGAUAAAGCCGUGAUUGCACUCUAAUUAAUUUGAUUGAGCUACCCGAGAGCUAAAACCGCGUCUGUGUUUCUGUUCUGACCUGGAAAAACUUUGUGACACAUCUUCAUCAUCAUCUUCAUCAUCGUCAUCAUCUUCAUCAUCUUCAUCAUCUUCUUCAUCAUUUUCUUCAUUAACUUCAUCAUCUUUAUCAUCGUCUUCAUCCUUCAGCUGGAAAGUAAAGAUCAAAUGUACGCUCGUCUUCACUUCUAAUCAGCUUUUAAAGUGGCUGGACAAAUCAAAAUGUGACGCCAGCGUUCAAGUUGUUGAGUUCUUAUUACCUGAGACCAAGUCAGUGUUUAGUCCUUAUUUCCUGUGUUUGAGUCCAAGCCAAGUCCCAUUACCUAUGUCUGACCAAAGGUCUAGUCCUUAUGAUAUUUGUCCUGGUCCAGGUCAAAGUCUGGUCAUCCUUACCUGUGUCCAAGCCUAAGUUUUAAUAUUCAUGCUUGAGUCCAUAUCAAGUCCUUAUUUCCCUUGACCGAGUCAAAGACAAGUCCUUUUGACCUGUGUCUAAGUGAGUCCAAUCCAAGUCCACAUUACCUAUGUUCGAGUUCAAGUAGAGUCCUUGAUUUCUUUAAUAAGUCCUCAUUACGUCUAUCUGUCUUUAAAUCUAGUCUUUGUUAACUGUGUUCCAGUCCAAGUCAAGUCAAGUCCUUGUUACCUGUGACAAAUGGGUCCAAGUCAAGUCCUGAUCACCUGUCUUCGUUCGUGUCUCAGUUCAUAUCAAGUCCACAUUACCCAUGUCCAAGACUGAGUGGAGUCCUCAGACCUUGAUCAAAUUGAAGGCAAGUCUUGAUUACCUGCAUCUGUGUUUCAGUGUAGUCUUUGUUAACUGUGUCCCAGUCCAAGUCUUAUUACUUUUGUCCGAGUCCAAGUCCAGUCCUCAUUACCUUGUCAAAGUCCAUUUCCUGUCGUAGUCCAACUUGAGCCUUUGUUUCCUGACCCGCUGACAAAACUGCGUCACAUUUUCAGUCCACAAUCUAUCAAAAAAAAAUACACAAUUGUAUCUCACUACAGUAUAUUACUGUUUUUUUACAAUACAGAUUAUCUAUCAUUUGUUCCUCAUUGAUUUAAGCAGUUAAUGGAUGUCUCAUCGGGUCACAUGUCAUUAAUAACGCCCCGGUAUCUCUGUCACUCCAUCCUGUUCAGAACAGCUGACAGUGUGAGCCGCUCCAAGCUGGGGGUGCAGUCAGGUGUCAGUCGCCGUGGUGAUGAUCAGAUUGUCACAGUCCCGCUGGUUCCCUUGGAGACGGCACCUGAGUCGAUGCCUGUGCCAACAUCUUCAUCAUCACCCGCGGCAACAGCAGCUGGCAGCUCUGGACCGGACCGCGAGGCUGACACGGGCCAAGUGGGUCAGACCUCACAGAGAGAGGAGAGGAAGUCAGCCGUGAGGCCCGUUGUUGUUGUUGUUGUUGUUGUUGUUAUUGUAGUAGAGAGGGGUGGUGCAUUAUGGGAGGACUGGAGAGUUCACACUCCAGUGGCUGAGAGUAAGUAAAGCUUUGCAAACCUGCUCCUAUCCAGUAUAGUUAGUUACUAUCAUGGGUCAUGUUGCCAUAUUUGUGUUUUCAACCAGCGUUUUCUGACGGUUGUUGGCUGGUACAUAAGACCUUGGGUUUGAUUCCUUCCAAUUGGCCUCCUAGACACGUGUACUUUCUCUUUUCAGUUUUCUCUUUUGAUUGCAAGCAAAAUGUCCAACCAAUAACUUCAACAAAAACAAAGCAGAAAGGAAAGUGUACAAUUCUUUUAGUCAUGCACAUGUAUUACAAAUAAUCAGGAUACAUAUUGGGAGGAGGAAAAAAGUGUCCUGAGCACCAAAUACUGUUAUAAAUACCAUUAGAUUCAUGUCCAGACCUGUAAGCCAGUCAUAAUUUGGCCAUGUUCUUACAACUUAAAACCUUCGAACCCCAGCCAUUUCCUAUUAAUUCUGGUGUCCCACAAGGUUCUGUCCUUUGACCCCUUCUGUUUAUCAUUUAUCUACUACAUCUUUGCCAAAUCUUACAUAAAUUUAACUUUUAAAUUCAUUGCUAUGCAGAUGACACCCAACUUUACCUGUCCACCAAACCUACCUCAACCUGCCUUCUCGCUUUCCUUUCUUGAAGGAAGAACAUUUAUGAUCAUUUCUUCAUGGAAAUACAAUCAUACCGAGACGCUAAGGCAGAGGAACUACCACGUCUGCAGAGCAAAAUGAUUAAUAUGAUGAUUAUUACUUCAAAGAAAUGAUAAAGAAAUUAUCAUAAAUGUUCUUCCUUGAGCUGCGUCACCCCACUGUAGUCCGUAAUGGACUGGCCUGACAAACUAGCGCAGUAGCUCAGGAGGUAGAAAGGUCGUCCAAUAACCGCAAAGUUGGCGGUUCGAUUCCCCCCUAUCCCUAGUCUGUCCAUGUGUCCUUGGUCUCAUUUGACCCUUGUGUGAUUUCAGUUCUGACUCUAAGUAGUGCCCACUGGUGGACUGAGGAUUGCCGUUUGACAUCCAUCCUGACAUAGAAGAGUCAUGAGAGUAGUGACAGCAAAUGGGGCCUACAAGUGUGAAACACUAUCAAUUUUAACAUAAGUCAGGCUAUUUUAGGUCAAAAUUUACAGACUCAGACAGAACUAAAAUGAAACGUUUUAUAGUUUAAUUUCUUUUUUGGUAUGAUAUCAAAGCUAACAAAACAGUUUCCAUUGGAGUGAACAUGUGACCAUGUCUUCAAACCCUCCUCCUGUGUUGCUUUGGUCUAUAAAAUGAGCAGUAAAUAAGGUCAGAAAGAUGUACAGGUGUUCCAGUCUGCACUUGCUAAUCUUCCCCUCACUGUCCAGCUGAUCUGAGGUCUGCUAACGCGGGUCCAGCAGUCCUCAGGUCCUGACAGAUGAGUUGUGCUGGUUAGUGUAACCUCCAGGUUCACAGUCAGCUCAUUAGCCCGAGUGCUCUGCUGCUAAUUCAGGGGGGCUACACACUGGAUGCUAAUUAAUCACAGACAGAGACGACCUGGCAUGUGAGUGCAGACAAAGCGGUGGUGAACGCUGCUGCCGUGUAGGCGUUUCACUCAGAGUGUUGUUUGUUGGUGAACAUGAAACAACAAGGGUAAGUGUGUGUGUGCAGGGGGAAAAACUGAUAGAAAGAAAACAAAGACGGCAGAGGAACGACUGUGUGAUCACAGGGAGCUUAUAGGCAAGCUGCUUAUAAAGGGUGUGAUUGAAGCCUUUUAAUUAGUCGAGAUGUGAAGGAAAAGUUGUGAAAAAGAUACAAAAGAAAAUCCACGAUUUGUCACAUUUGGAAAAAGAUCUCUGACUUAUUUUAUUGAUUUUUACACGUCGCCCUCAUACUUACAAAAAAUCACAUUAUAUCACUAAUUUAGACUGUUUUUAGUUAUAUACAAGAACCUGAGCUUUAGCAGUACGUCCGCUGUUUUAACAUGUAUGAAAAAUUAAGAUAAAUUUGGUAUUAACCACCAGCUAAGCUAAACGCACAAAGCUCCACAGGUUUCAUGAUUCCUGAUUAAAUGGACUAAUGAGAGACGCCUUUUUUUGCCCCUUUUCUGUUAAUCUGAACUCUUUCUUCAUCCUAAAUUGGUCUCAGCGUUGUUAUCCUGUUGUUUUUAUACUUCUGUGAUGUUUGAUUGCACAGCACUUGUUCAGGGAUUUUUAAAUGUGCUUUAUGAAUGAAUUUGGAUUGGUUUAGAUUUGUAGAAAGGAGCGUCAGGGUCAAAACAAAAGGUCACACUGCUGGUAGUCCUCAACUGUGGAGUUAAACUUCACAGAUUAUCACUAUUCUUCAUUUCAAUGUAAUCCGAGGCUCAUAGAAAUUGUGACAUUGUGUAGAUUAAUGAUAGUUGAUAGGAUUGCAGCUUCUUUUUCUUUACAUACAACUUUCGUUUCAAAAUUCAUUCUUCCACAUUUAUAUCCUUACUUUUUUAAAUCUGUGACUUUUUUCCAAAAAUUUCCUACAUUUUGAAUUUUUAUCUUGUUGAUUAAAAAUGAUUGACUCUU